CCCGGGGGUGGUUAAGAACGAUGGCGGCGGUGGACAUCAGAGAUAAUCUGCUGGGAAUCUCUUGGGUUGACAGCUCUUGGAUCCCCAUUUUGAACAGUGGAAGUGUCCUGGAUUACUUUUCAGAAAGAAGUAACCCUUUCUAUGACAGAACAUGUAAUAAUGAAGUGGUCAAAAUGCAGAGACUAACAUUAGAACACUUAAAUCAGAUGGUUGGAGUUGAAUACAUUCUUUUACAUGCCCAAGAACCCAUUCUUUUUAUCAUUAGGAAGCAACAGCGGCAGUCCCCAACUCAAGUUAUCCCACUAGCUGAUUAUUAUAUCAUUGCUGGAGUUAUCUAUCAGGCACCAGACUUGGGAUCAGUUAUAAACUCCAGAGUGCUUACUGCAGUACAUGGCAUCCAGUCAGCUUUUGACGAAGCUAUGUCAUAUUGUCGAUACCAUCCUUCCAAAGGGUAUUGGUGGCACUUCAAAGAUCAUGAAGAGCAAGAUAAAGUCAAACCCAAAGCCAAAAGGAAAGAAGAACCAAGCUCUAUUUUUCAGAGACAACGUGUGGAUGCGUUGCUUGUAGACCUUAGACAAAAAUUUCCACCCAAAUUUGUGCAGCAAAAGUCUGGAGAAAAGCCUGUCCCAGUGGAUCAGUCAAAGAAAGAGGCAGAACCUGUACCAGAAACUGUAAAAUCUGAGGAGAAGGAGACUACAAAGAAUGUCCAACAGACAGUGAGCACUAAAGGCCCCCCUGAGAAACGAAUGAGACUUCACUCCCUGUAAUGUGCCUCGGAAAGCAGCAGAAGAUGGCCCAGUUGCUUGGGCCCCUUCCCUGAUGUGGGAGAUCCAGAUGGAGUUUCAGGCUCCUGGCUUCGGCCUGGCCCAGACCUGGGUGUUGCAGCCAUUUGGGAAGUGAACCAGCAGAUGGAAGACCUCUUUCUGUCUCUCCCUUUCUCUAUGUAACUCUGCCUUUCAAAUAAAUAAAUAAAUCUUCACAAAAAGAACAUUGUGACUUUUAAUGGUGAUUGACAUUUGGAUCGUUUGUGGUUUUGAUGACUACUAAAAUUGCUUUUGCAACUUUUAUGAACUUGUUAUAGGACAUAUUAUGAAUAUUCCAAUUUUGUGAAUAUCGUAUGUGUGUUUUGGUGUGUGUUGCUGGCUGAAUUGAUUCCCAUCCCAACCCAAAGUAUAUAGAAAUCCUAAUCCUACAAAUCUCCAGUACUUCACAGUGUAACUUUAAUUGGAAAUAGGCCUAUUGUGGAUGCUACUAGUUAGAGUGAGGCCAUGAUGGAGUAGGGUGGGUCUCUGAUAUUACUGAGGUGUUUAUAAAAAGAAAGUCAUGUGAAGAGACAAGGGAGGCUACCAUGUGAAGAUGGACAGUUCAAGUGAUACAUCUACAAGCCAGGGAAUGCUGUCUUCCCAGCAAAUCAGAUUCUAAGAAGAAGCGAGGAAGAAUUCUGCAGGUUUCAGAGGAGAUACGGCUUUGCCAGCACCUUGAUUUUGAACUUCCUGCCUCCAGAACUUUGACAAUAAACUUGUUUUAAUCCACCCAGAUUACUGUGCUUUGUUAGUAGGUCUGCUAAACUAACACAUUUUGCAUGUACCCAUUUUGCUGUUUUAUUGAAAUGGAUGGGUCAUAAGUAUGCCUUUAUUCAACUUUAGUUGUUGAGAAAAUGUUUUCCAAAGUGAUUAUACUGUUUAUAUUCCAGCCUAUAAUGUAUAAGACUUUGGUUUCCAUACCUUGUUGACCCUAGAUAAUGCCAAUUAAAGAAAAAUUUAGUUAUCUUGAUGAGUGUUUAGUGGUAUCUGGUUGAGACUACAAUUUACAUUUCCUUUGAUGACUUCUUGUAUAUCUGUUUUUGUGAAGUGUAUUCAAGGUGUUUGUAUGUUUUUUUUCCUUUGGGUCAUCUGUUUGCAGAAUCCUAAGAAUUCUUUGAAUGGAAGUGAGUUGUUAUUUACAAAUGUUGUGUUUAAAUCUCUAUUUUUCCCACUCUGUCUUGCUUUUUUAUUUGAUUGACAGUGGCUGGGCUGGGUGUUUGAGCUAGUGAUUAAACCAUGAUUAGAUCCCAUAUCAGACUGCUGGGUUUGAGUCCCAGCUUUGCCUCUGAUUCCAGCUUCCUGCUAAUGCUCAUCUUGAGAGGCAGCAGGUAAUGUCUCAAGUGGUAGGGUCCUUACCACCCAUGUGGUAGAUCUAGGUAGAGUUGCCUGCUCCUGGCACUGGUUUGACUUAGCCCUAGCUGUUGUAGGCAUUUGAGAGUGAACCAGUGGAUGGGAGCUAUGUCUCCAUCUCAAAAAACAAAAGACAAAAACCCUUAAUUUUAAUGUAGCUCAGUUUGUGUUUUCAGUAUUUUCAUUUUUCUUUUCUUUUUAAGAUUUAUGUGUAGAGUGACAGGGAGAGACAGAGAUCUUCCAUCUGAUGGUUCACUUCCCCAGAUGGCUGCAACCACUGGUGCUGGACCAGGCUUGAAGACAGGAGCCAGGAACUCCACUGGGUCACCCAUGUCGGUAUCUGGGGGCCUAUUAAUUGGGCUGUUACUGCUUUCCCAGGCACAUUACCGAUGAAUUGGAUUAGGAACAGAACAGUCAAGACUUGAACCAGCUGUCAGAUUUGGGAAGCUGGCAUCCGAACUUGCUGUGCCACAAUGCUGGCUGCUCAUUUUUUUCUUAAUGAUUGUGUUCUGAAUGUUUUUUCUACACUGAGUUUUUGAAGAUAUUCUCCUGUGUUGUAGAAACCUUAUUAUUUUACAUUUCACAUGAAGGACUAUAAUACGUUAAUUGGGACUGACUUGUUGAUCAAUUUGAGGAGAAUUGGUGUUUAAACAAUAUUGAGUCUUCAUUAUCACAAGCAUGGUUUAAUUCUCUAUAUUUUUGUUUUCUCAUCAAAGUGUUGCAUUUUGAGAGUACUUCUUGCAUGUGUUUGGUUAAAUUUAUCCCUUGGUAGAACAUUAAAAAUUAAAAAAGAAUUGUUCAGAGUUAGAAAGAAAAACUCCCAUUCAUGGUUUCACUCUCCAAAUACCCACGAAGCCAGAAGCCAGGAACUCAGUGCAGGUUUCCCACCUAGAUGUCAGACCCAAUCACUUGAGCUGUUAUUGCUGCCCUCCCAGGCUCUGCAUUAGGAAAUUGGGGUCAGAAGCUGGAGCCUCAUGUCAAACCCAGGUGUACAAAUUCAGGACUACUGUGGAGCUCCCCUCCCUCUCUCUCCCUCCCUCCCUUCCUUCCUUUCUCUUUCUUUAUCCCUCUCUCUCUCUCUCUCUCUCUCUAUUUCCUUCCUCCCUUCCCCUCUCUUCUUUCCACCCCCCCCCCUUUUAAAAAGAUUUAUUUAUUUGAAAGGCAGAGUUGGGCAGGGUGUGGGAGAUAUAUUUUCCAUCUGCUGUUUCACUCCCUAAAUGGCUGCAAGGCCAGGCUGCAGCCAGGAGCUUCAUCCAGGUUUCCCAUGUGGGUGGCAGAGGCCCAAGUACUUGGGCUGUCUUGCUACUGCUUUCCCACAUGCAAGCAGGGAGCUGGAUCAGAAGUGGAACAGCCUGGACUUGAACCAGUGCUUAUGGGAUGCUAGCAUUGCAGAUCGUGGCAUGUGUCUUAAGCACUAGGCUAAGUGCCCAUCCCAUUUUUUUUUUUUUUACGUUAUGAAAGUAUUUAAAACGUGUUAAUUUGUUUGCUAUAUUAUAUAGACAUACAUUUGAUUUUUGUAUAAUUGAUCUUGUAUCUUGUCCCCUUACCAAAUUCAGUUAUUUAUUCUGGUAGCUGCAUUUUCUACAUCCAUGAAUAUGUCAUCUCUGAAUAAAAAUAAUUUUACUUCUUUGUAAUUCAUAUACCUUUUUCAGUUGUAAAAUAUACAAUUUAUCAUUUUGAGUUUAUGCUUUGAGGGCUGGCAUUGUGGUGCAGUGGGAUAAGCC